AUGGAUACAAAUGUACAACGCCUGUCUGAGUCGGUAUUUGGAGGGCUGUGUCGCAUUAUAGGAACUUCACAACAAGUAGCAAUGAGGCGAGAUAUGAUGGAUAUAAUGGAUUUACUGCUGAAAAAAAGUAUAAAAAGUGAAUACUCAACAACAGUCUUAACUGGAAGUCAAAGGGAGGGAUUCAAGCUGUUUGAAGGAUCACCCAAGGCAGACAGGGAUUCUAUGACGUGGCCAAAUGACCAUCGAGUAUUCUGGAACAUUGCCCAGCUUCAGAACUGUAAAAAGGGACACAUCCCGCUUUUUGCUGACCGUUCAGACAGUUCACCAGGGUACACUUUACUACAGUUAAUCACACGUCCAAUCUUCAGAGAUCACGAACAAUCAACCUGUGUCAGAAUAAAAGACAAAUUCUAUCUGUCUAGUUCUGUGUACAGAAAAAUAAAUAUGAUAUUUCCUGGUUCUUUUGAACAUGGGCCAUGUAGCAGGGGUGUUAUAGUUGGUAAGGUACAUUAUGAUUUUGCCUCUUGUUUUGCUAGCGACUUUUGGCCUCCAUCUGCCUCUUCCUGGAUAAAAAGAUGUCACUCGUGGCCCCAUCCUCGUGUUGUAGACGAAAUUGUCAAAAAUGGUUGCCACUUUGCAGCAAUAGGGCAUAAACUAGGAAACCAUGAAAACAAUGAAUGGAGAAUUUCUUUCCGUUUCGCUGAAUUAAAACUUGUGUACACAAUGAAUCAUUGCCAGUUCCUAAUGUAUGGAUUAUUAAAAAUUUUCCUAAAGGAAGUUAUUAUCCCCAGGUUGGGUGAAGAGGUGGAAUUACUGAGCUCCUAUCACAUGAAGACGGCCGUUUUCUGGGUGCUUCAACAAAACAUAACACCUCACUGGUGUCCGCAAAAUCUUCUUGAUUGUUUCUGGAUCUGUUUCAAACUUAUCAUUAAAUGGGUAUAUGAAGGAACAUGUCCAAAUUUUUUCAUUCCAAAAAACAAUAUGUUUCUGACAAAAAUUUAUGGCAAUUCACAAAGAACCUUAUUCCAAAAGCUUUACACGUUGUAUGAGAUUGGUUUGAAAUCUCUCCUGCACAGUCCGUCUAUUGGUCCAUAUCUCACAGCUGUACUUGAAAACCCAAGACUCAGAGUUUCUACAGAUGAACGGUCAUUGGUGACCGAGUUUGAUGUUUUCUUAGAACGGUUGUUAGAAAUUUAUCAAAAUGACGCAUAUCCAUUUAAACGCUUUAGUUCAUGUAUGCAUCUCUUAAAGAUAGUUGAACAGAUCAUCAAUUUACCUUUAACACAGAAUCAUGUAGCUAUGUUACAGAAACGAACUGCCUUCAUUCUAAAGAGCACUGCUUUUAUGUUAAACAUGUACACUUCCUCCAAAGUGAAGAAGAUUAGGCAUAUUGCUGACAAAGUUUCCCUUCGGCUGCUGAAGUUGGCAGUCAAAUUUGGUUUUGAUUCCGAUUUAUUAUACAUUGCAAUGUAUUAUUACAAAACAUCUAGGCAUGAGAAAGCUAUAUCUGUUUUGAAGAUGAUAAUGAGAAAGUUUGAACAUGAAUACUUCAUCUAUAAUGGAAAUGUACGCAUACAUCCUAAAAGACUGCCUAAACAAAUGAGACCAGUUGUGACACAGGAUAUUAAACUUUUGAGGAAUAUUUGUUAUUUAAAUGAACUGAGAUUAGAACAGAUUGUUCAACAUGAUUUACAUUCGCUCCUCUUCAUUCCUCCCGUAGUAAUGUUUCACCUGCUGGAGUUUUUAUGUUACAAACAAACAAAUUUGGUGGAGGCAAGGUCUGCACUAUUUCAACUACAACUACAAAUACACUUUUGCCCAGAUAAUGUGGGUGAACCAAUGAGAGAAAUAUUUUGGCAGAUUCUUGGCAAUUGUCAACAGAUGUCGGGGUACCCUUUGGACGCUCUUUAUUCGUAUCAACGAUCACUGCAACAGCUACGAGCAAAUCGAAUACAAACUGCUACGAUAAUCAGAAUCAUUAUAGCUAUAUACAAGAUUAUAGGGAUUUAUCACAUGUGA